AUGUUGUUGGUGUACUUGCGGCAGCCAUCGACAAGACUCACCUCGCUCAACAUCGAGUUCAACAAUACUGACAUUGGCGAACCAUACUACAGCACCGUCAGCGAGGAGAGCAAACAAUUGCUACAAUUCAUCCUGCAGGACCACGCAUGCCCAGUUACCAAGCUUGGUGUGCUCGCAGCCUUCCCGCUGUGGUUCCCAAUCACACGGCCGCUUGAGCGACUUGUCCUCCAUGCUCGCAUCCCCAGUGCACCACUGCACGGCUAUAAUCUCGAUCACACCAUCUACUCCACUCAUGUGACGACACUCUAG